AUGUGCAGUCACUCGGUUUGGAGGCCACCUCGACUGGCUGGUUGCGGCCUGCCUUGCCCGAGACCAGCCUUGAUUGCGGCACCGCUGUUCACAGUUUUCAGAAAACAGCCCUGCCAGUGCAAAAGUCUAGAGGACGUAAUAUGCGAUCGUAGUAAAUGUAUUACGUUCAAUCCCCAAUCAACCGCCGCACGCGUUUGUCUCAGUCGGCAUUUGCAGCUCCAGCCGGCCUCUCCACCAGCUCACGUCCAUCGUCCAUUCUGUAUGUGCCCAUUCCAUAAUGCAGUAUCUGUGAGAGCGGAGGGUCGAACGGAUCGGUCUUUGGCGAUGCACUGCCUGUGCCUGGAGGUUGGAGUUUUGACAACGUAG